UGACAGAAGUCCUCAAAUCAAAUCAGUGUCCAGAUACAAGGAAACGUUCAUUAGCUGGAGCAGGGUGGACAUUCUUCAGCUCAGUUCUGUUUUAAAAGUCCAGGCUGCUGAAAUUAAACUCUGAUGCCAUUCAUGCUAGCAUCCAAUCACCAGAGAGACCAGAAGUUCAGAGAUGCCUCCAAGUUGCCAACAAGUGUGGCCACCAUACAUCAAGGACGCUAAAGCCAUGGUAGCGGGGAAAGAACAACUAUAGAGAGGAUGCCCAGCUGUUGAAGGAAAUGAAUUUUGAAACUCCACGGUGUGCCACCCUACAGUACUGUCCCGACCCUUACAUCCAGCGGUUUGGAGAAACCCCAACUCAUUUCUCUUGGAAAGAAAGUUAUUACCGAUCUACUAUGUCCCAGAGCACACAGACAAGUGAAUUCCUCAGUCCAGAAGUUUUCCAGCAUAUCUGGGAUUUUCUGGAACAGCCCAUAUGUUCAGUUCAGCCCAUCGACUUAAACUUUGUGGAUGAACCAUCAGAAAAUGGUGCAAGAAACAAGAUUGAGAUUAGCAUGGAUUGUAUCCGUAUGCAAGACUCAGAUCUGGGGGACCCCAUGUGGCCACAGUACACGAACCUGGGGCUCCUGAACAGCAUGGACCAGCAGAUUCAGAACGGCUCCUCGUCCACCAGUCCCUACAACACAGACCACGCACAGAACAGCGUCACGGCACCCUCGCCCUACGCGCAGCCCAGCUCCACCUUUGACGCCCUCUCUCCAUCCCCUGCCAUCCCCUCCAACACCGACUACCCCGGGCCGCACAGCUUCGAUGUGUCCUUCCAGCAGUCCAGCACUGCCAAGUCAGCCACCUGGACGUAUUCCACUGAACUGAAGAAGCUGUACUGCCAAAUUGCAAAGACGUGUCCCAUCCAGAUCAAAGUGAUGACCCCUCCCCCUCAGGGAGCUGUCAUCCGCGCCAUGCCUGUCUACAAGAAGGCUGAGCACGUCACUGAGGUGGUGAAACGGUGUCCCAACCACGAGCUGAGCCGUGAAUUCAAUGAGGGACAGAUUGCCCCUCCUAGUCAUCUGAUUCGAGUAGAAGGAAACAGCCAUGCCCAGUAUGUAGAAGACCCCAUCACAGGAAGGCAGAGUGUGCUGGUACCUUAUGAGCCCCCCCAGGUCGGCACUGAAUUCACAACAGUCUUGUACAAUUUCAUGUGCAACAGCAGUUGUGUUGGAGGGAUGAAUCGCCGUCCAAUUUUAAUCAUUGUUACUCUGGAAACCAGAGAUGGCCAAGUCCUAGGCCGACGCUGCUUUGAGGCCCGGAUCUGUGCUUGCCCAGGCAGAGACAGGAAGGCAGAUGAAGACAGCAUCAGAAAGCAGCAAGUCACGGACAGCACAAAGAACGGUGACGGUACGAAGCGCCCUUUUCGUCAGAAUGCACAUGGCAUCCAGAUGACAUCCAUCAAGAAACGAAGAUCUCCAGAUGAUGAACUGUUAUACUUACCAGUGAGGGGCCGAGAGACAUACGAGAUGCUGCUGAAGAUCAAAGAGUCCCUGGAACUCAUGCAGUACCUGCCCCAGCACACGAUCGAGACCUACAGGCAACAGCAGCAGCAGCAGCAGCAGCACCUCCUUCAGAAACAGACCUCGAUGCAGUCUCAGUCUUCAUACGGUAACAGCUCCCCACCUCUGAACAAAAUGAACAGCAUGAACAAGCUGCCUUCUGUGAGCCAGCUUAUCAACCCUCAGCAGCGCAACGCCCUCACUCCCACCACCAUUCCUGAUGGCAUGGGAGCCAACAUUCCUAUGAUGGGCACCCACAUGCCAAUGGCUGGAGACAUGAAUGGACUCAGCCCCACCCAAGCCCUCCCUCCCCCACUCUCCAUGCCAUCCACCUCCCACUGCACCCCCCCACCUCCGUACCCCACAGACUGCAGCCUUGUCAGUUUCUUAGCGAGGUUGGGCUGUUCAUCAUGUCUGGACUAUUUCACGACCCAGGGGCUGACCACCAUCUAUCAGAUUGAGCAUUACUCCAUGGAUGAUUUGGCAAGUCUAAAAAUUCCUGAGCAAUUCCGACAUGCCAUCUGGAAAGGCAUCCUGGACCACCGGCAGCUCCACGAUUUCUCCUCCCCUCCCCACCUCCUGCGGACCCCAAGUGGUGCCUCUACCGUCAGCGUGGGCUCCAGUGAGACCCGGGGCGAGCGUGUGAUCGAUGCUGUGCGCUUCACCCUCCGCCAGACCAUCUCCUUCCCUCCCCGUGAUGAGUGGAAUGACUUCAACUUUGACAUGGAUGCUCGGCGCAACAAGCAGCAGCGCAUCAAAGAGGAGGGAGAGUGAGCACUGCAGUGUGAGCUCUUCCAGUCUCUUCCCAUCUGCACACCUCCCUGCAAGGCACUACUGCUUGACAUUCAAUGUAUUCUUCCUAGUUCCUCUCCUUUCUCUUCCCAGUCUGAUUUCUUAAGAGAAGGAGAAGUGAGAGGCUACCUUUUAUCUACCUGGCAUCUGAUUCUGAUUCUGGCUUUAAGCCUUCAAAUCUGUUGCUUGCAGGACCGAAGUUGUCGUAGCUAGGUAGAAGUGAGCAAAAAAGCCGUCGGUGUCUCCCUAAGCUGCAGAGCUGUCUCAUGGACUUUCGUAAAGCAUUUUCACCUUUAUAGUCUAAGACUAUAUAUAUAAAUAUAUAAAUACCUGGUAUAUAUUUUUGGGUGGGGGCAUUGAGUAUUGUUUAAAAUGUAAUUUAAAGGAAAGGAAAUUAAGUUGCACUUGCUGACUUAUUUUUUUUAGUUUACUUGUUUUGGAUGGCUUAUCUAUACUUCUCUCAAGAAAUACCAUUGUGCUCAUAGGUACCUAGUGUUUUAUGGCACAUGUGAGUGAAAAAGCUGUAUUAAAUCCCUCCAGUUAUUUUGAUGCUAAGCACAUGCUAUAUCAAACCUUUGGAUAGAUUCAGAUUAUACUGACCAUUACUUAUUAUGUGGGUGAGACUAUAUACAUAUGUGCACAAUUUUCUAUGUCAGUUUACUUCAUGCUACUGACAUCCCUACUCUUAAUGAUGGUUUACCUUGGGACUAGGUAGUCCAAUUGUAAGAAAAAGUCCAUGUUCACACUAUCACAUACUAGAGGUAAGGAAAUACUCUCCCUUACUUUUAGUUGGGAAUGUGGAAUGUGGGUCAUAGCAAAAAUUCUUAAAAGUCCAUGCAGCCAAUUCAAAAACACCCAGUAUCAUAUAUCUGGAUAUAUUGGCAAUGCACCCCCACCACCACUUCUGCUUCAUAUUUAAUUCCAGAUGCCUUAUCUCUUUGUAUUUAUUGGGAAAAUGUAUGUUGCCAUUAUAGAAGCCUUAAAAUUAAAUUUUACUAUUAGACUGACUAACUCAGUUACACAUAUGCUACCUUUAUUUGAAUUAAGGUUGAUUUGAUUGGAAUGAAUGCCAUCAAUCUAGUUCUUAUAGUAAAGUUGUAAUAUCUAUUAAAAAAAGCCAGGAAAACCAGGAAUCAUAUAGAAAUAUUGAAUCUCCACUAAGCAGUAUGAGAUUUCAGAAAGCCACGAUCUGAAAUUCUUGGAAGACUUUUUGAAAUAUAGAUGAUAUUUGGCAAAUUUUUCAUUUGAAGUCCCUCUUAUUUUAUAAAAUUCUCCAAGUAGAGGCUUGUUUUGUCUUUCUCUUUCCAGGGUUAAAAUAGGAGCAGUGAUUCAGAAAACAUAAGAUUAUGAUCAAUUUUUUAAUGGCAUCGGUUACAUCAUUAUAUCACUUUUCUUUUUUUGACCAAUAGGAGUUGCGCUUUAUCUGACAGAACCACUCUCUUCUGGACUGUGCAGGGGACAUAAAAAUGUCCCCAGAGAUCAGGAGUGAGUCUUCCAUGAGAGGGGUUGAACCACAUAAACCAAGAGUUGUUUUCAGACUUUGGAAAAACAUGAAAAUGACAAUAUUCCCCUAGAUCUUCCAAAUACACUUUGUAGCAAUUUUUUUCAGACCAUAAAUAGAUAUUUUGUAUAUAUGCUAAUGAGCUCUAAAAUCCUUCCAUGAAUUCUAGUAAGGGGCUAUCAUUGCACAUAAGCUUCCAUUUUUAAUUUAAAGUGCAAAAGGGCUAAUGUGGCUCAAAAAUAUAAUGUAUGAGUUUCAUCUGAAAAGUGUAUAUAUGUUUUGUUCGUGAAUUUGCAUACUUUGUGUUUUGUGAAGUUGCAUACUUUUUUUUUCUUCCUGGGAUAGCGGGUUUUCCAGAACCACAGUUGAAACUUUUUUAUUAUUAUUAUUGUUUUUUAUAUUUUUAUGGAACCACCAUUUAGUGAGACUACAGUGUCAAAUAAGAAAAGAUGCUGUAACUGUCAGAUGGGGGGAAAGGGAAGUAGUUUUUUAUUAUUUUUUUUUAUUUUGUGUGUUAAAGAGAGUGAGUCCUUGAUUUCAAAGUUUUUGUGCUUAAACGAUAAUAAGCACUGUUAAUUUGUGGAACAAGCAUGCAGCUUUGAAAACCUAUUAGGGGAAGAAUGAAAGCUGUGCCUUGGCAAUGCUUUGAGGACAGUGGCUUCCUCUAGUGUCCUGAGUGUUUGAAUAAACCUAGGACUUCUUUUGCGCUAUUUUAGCACUAUUUGGAUGGCACUAGGGACUCAGAAAUUCCUGUACUGUAUCUCAUGGGUUUGGCAUUAGCCAAGGCUAGGCAAAACUACUGAUCUUGUGUCCUGGUGGCAAAUUAUGCAAUUUGAGUGUAUGAAUAGCUAGGAUAAGGGGUGAAAGCAUAAUAAGGGCAGACAAGGGGGAGUGGGCUUAAUGGAGUUCUGGUGGCCUCAGCUAAAUGCAGUUAGCUGAAGGAUGGAUAGGUUUUGCUUGAAGGUGAUUAGAAACAGAAAUGGAGAAUAGAACUUCCUUCAUUAAAUUCAUUUACCUUUUGUUUUCUUGAUAUGCCCCUAAAAUACAGUAUGUGGGAUGUUGAAUGUUAAAGGGUUGUGUUUUUUUUAUUAUUUUUAUAAUUGUACAAAAAUUAAGUAAAUGUCAAAUGUUUUAUAUGCUUUAUUAAUGUUUUUGAAAGUUUCUUUCUUAUAGAUAUAAUACUUUUUUUAAGCUUCAGUUGCUUGUCGUUUGGUAUUUUGUGUAAUGGGCUUUUGGUGAGCCAGAGGCAAAUCUAUAAGCCACUAAUGUUUGCCAGGACAUGCAAUAAAAUUAAAAAAUAAAUAAAAAAUGCAUUGA